AUGGCGCGUUCAGUUGGGCGCGUCCAACUCGCUGUUUCACUUCAAUGCAUCUUUGAUUCCGCGGUGAGGAAGAUGUUGUGCGGGCGCCGUCCCGCGGCCGCGCAAUGGACGGAGGCGUGCCCCCCACAGAAGGAAAAAAAAGAAGAGAAAAAAAAAAUGGCGAGACACUUCAAUUGGGUGACGCAGGAGGUUAACAGCAGCAGGAGGCGACGCGACAGCGAGCACCGCAACCACGCGGCAUUCGGCCGCUGCAGCUAUCAACUUCGUGGGACUAUCGACACCUUGCCUGACGAGGCGAGGCACGAGUGCACCUUUCCAUACAUUUGCCUGCCCCCGCCCCACCCCUCCGCACCGCUCGGGAAGGGGGCAGUGGAGUGA